GUAGAAUUGAGGACACAGAAGAGAGACCCAGUGAAGUUCUUUGAAGAUCUCUGAAGAAGUGAAGCUACAACUGAAGUUUUCAGAAGUAUCAAUGGCGAUGUUGACCAUCCUUCUGCUUCUCAGUGCUGCCAUUGUUCUGGGCGAGGCCUUUGAUCUACGUGCCACAAAGGCUGGGGUGGUGGAGGAACAACAGGAGGAAGGAGCAGCAGAGAGUGAUCGUCCAUGCCCCGGAGGUUGGACCAAAUACGAAUCACGUUGCUUUAUGUUUGUCAACACUGCAAUGACAUGGCCCCAAGCUGAGAACUACUGUCUGUCCCUUGAAGCAAACCUGGCCUCUGUGCACAACUGUGGGGAGAACAGUCAUUUACAGCAAUUGGUGUUGAAAAACACCGGCCAACAUCAAGCUACCUGGAUUGGAGGAUCUGAUGCUGUUAAGAGCAAACAAUGGUUCUGGAGUGACGGCUCCAAAUUUGAUUACCAGAACUGGGAGAAAGGAGAGCCCAAUAAUUAUGGUGAUAUCGAGCGCUGUCUUCAAAUGAACUAUGGAGAUGACAAAAAGUGGAACGAUUUAAACUGUGGAGAGAAAUUGCCCUUGGUGUGUGCACUGAGAACCAGUUAAAUCCAGCAAAACAUCAACUCAACUACGAAAAAGAAAUGUUUCUCCAUAGUGUCAGCAUCAUAACUGAACACACAAGUCAAAUACUUUAAAAAGGAUUUGUUGCUGUAAAAUGAACGUUUUAGUUACUUGUUGUGCAUAAAUGUUAAGUAAUGUUUCUGUGGUUUGUUGUCAAUAAAACUGGUGUACACAUUA